UGUGAAAUUAUUUUUUUCGUGUUCCUUUUGCCGUAUGUGAGUCAGAUUCACUGAGCCGUUAUUUGGUUCUCAUAGACAUACCGCUUACUUAAAAUGAGUAAUCUUUAAAAUUGGAGGUCCGGAACGAUAAAUACCCAAUAUCUCCCUACCGAAUAAUCAAAGUCAUUUUGACAAGAUUGCAAUAUUUAUCCAAUCAUGAAGGUUCAGGCUACGCCAGUAGGGUCUCCAGAAGAGUUUAAUGUGGUCAUUCAACCAAUGAUCCUGGAAGGCGACAAUCUUCGCCUCGUUCCGAUUUACACCAAACAAGAUUUUGAAAAGUUGUACGAGACAUAUUCCAAAUGUCCAGAAGUCUUUCGGUGGUAUCCCGAUGGACCAGCAUCCACGCUCGAGGAAUUUGUCGACCUAUACGAAUUGUUUCAAAAAGACAAGAAUCGCCAUACUUUCGUAGCCUAUGACAAAAAUUCUAGCCCGGAACGUGUAAUUGGAUCCGUGCAGUACCUAGACUUGUACCCUUCCCACAAGAGAAAUGAGAUUGGUAGUAUCUGGAUUAUGCCUGAAAUGCGUGGAACCUAUGCUCUAAUUGAGAUGAACUACCUUCUGUUAUUUCAUGCUUUUGAUAUUCUCAAGUUCCAUCGCACGCAGUGGAAGACCCAUCACGAGAACAUUGUCAGUCAAAAAGCCGCUACCAAGCUUGGUUUCACGUAUGAAGCUACCUUCAAGCACCACAUCAUCAUGUACGAUGGAACCACUAGGAACUCGAUGUUCUACAGUGUUGUGCUUGAAGAUUGGCCAUCGGUAAAGGAAAAUCUUGACGCAAGGCUUCUCGCGUUUAGGAAACAGUAGACAUCCGUCAGUGCUUAAAGUGAUAGACGCUACUCGCACCAAUCGUUAUAUAGAAAAGAGAAGUAACAAGUUUUAGAAAUUUUACUGCGCGGCGAUUCUUUGAGAAGGCCUUUACGUAGUUCAACCUCAAUUUCAUAACCCCCUAUAAAAAAACCUUAACAUUGUCAUAAUUAUGAAAUACACAUAAUAACGGAAGUCGCAGUAUGUUGACCGUUUCCAUUUAGUUUCAAUAAAAAUGUCCCCUGAUAGCACCUUUAAA